AUGAGUGACUUCUUGGAGCAACAAUUGCUGGACGCGGAAGAUUCACCAAUUUACAAAGCAUCGAUCGGACCAGCGGUAACAUACGCUAAAACAGUUGGAGUAGCAUAUGCCGAUCAAUCCCCAGCUUCAAAAUAUGCAGCCGUUGUUCCUGCCGUAUCAGGUUACGCCACAUCCAGUGGCGCUGUUUCUAACUUAAUUUCUCCGCCAGUAAUCUCUAAGACAUAUCUACCUGCUGCACCAGCUAUAGCUAAAGUAGCAUACUCCGCUGCACCGGCUGUGUCAUAUGCCGCCGCACCAGCGGCAUCAUAUGCCGCUGCACCAGCGGUAUCAUAUGCCGCUGCACCAGCUGUAGCUAAGAUCGCCUAUUCUCAAGCAGCCGAUGUAUCGCACUCUUACUUCUCCGGAGGUGCUGCCAAAGUUGCAUAUGCUGCUCCAGCUGUCGCCGUUUCUGCUGCACCUGCCAUUGCAAAGGUAGCAUAUUCAGCACCAGCGGUAACAUCGUAUUCUUCAGGAUAUGGUGUCAGUAAGCUUGCAUCGUACGCCGCUCCUGCAGUUGCAGUGACCGCCGCACCAGCCAUAGCGAAGGUAGCCUAUGCCGCUCCAGCAGUUAGCUCGUAUUCUACAGGCUAUGGUGUGAGUAAACUAGCAUCUUAUGCUGCUCCUGCCAUCUCUGUUACCGCCGCACCAGCAAUUGCAAAGGUAGCAUAUGCCGCACCAGCCGUCAGCUCGUAUUCCACAGGGUAUGGUAUCAGCAAGCUAUCCUAUGGUGGCUAUGCGUUUCCUGCUGUUACAAAGGUAGCAUAUGCAGCUCCAUCAAUAGCUUCAUACUCAUCUGGUCUUGGUUUCGCCAAGGUUGCUUCUUAUGCUGCUCCAGCAGUUAGUGUUGCCGCCGCUCCCGCCGUAGCUAAAGUCGCCACAUACGCCGCACCUGCAGUUACAUAUUCAGCAGCACCAGUCGUUUCGAAAGUAGCUUAUGCAGCUCCAGCUGUUUCAUAUGCAGCUCCAGCUGUUUCAUAUGCAGCACCAGCUGUGGCCAAAGUAGCCUAUGCUGCUCCAGCUGUUUCAUAUGCAGCCCCAGCUAUAUCCAAAGUAGCCUAUGCUACUCCUGCUGUUUCAUAUGCCGCCCCCGCUAUUUCCAAAGUAGCUUACGCUACUCCGGCUGUAUCUUAUGCCGCUCCGGCUGUUUCCAAGAUAGCUUAUGCUGCCGCAGCUGUUUCAUAUGCCGCUCCCGCUGUUUCCAAGAUUGCCUAUGCUGCCCCAGCUGUCUCAUAUGCAGCUCCAGCUGUAUCCAAAAUAGCCUAUGCUGCCCCAGCUGUUUCAUAUGCAGCUCCAGCGGUAUCCAAAAUAGCCUAUGCUGCCCCGGCUGUUUCAUAUGCAAGUCCUGCCAUUGCUAAAGUAGGUUAUGCCGCUUCAGCUGUCUCAUAUGGCGCCCCAGCCGUUUCAUAUGCCGCUCCGGCUGUAUCUAAAGUCGCUUAUGCUGCCCCAGCUCUUUCAUAUGCAGCUCCAGCUGUUUCAAAACUCGCUUACGCUGCCCCAGCAGUUUCAUAUGCAGCUCCAGCUGUUUCAAAAAUUGCUUAUGCCGCUCCAGCUGUUUCAUACGCGACUCCAGCUGUAUCCAAAAUAGCAUAUGCUGCUCCCGCUGUUUCAUAUGCCGCUCCGGCUGUUGCCAAAGUAGCCUAUGCAGCACCCGCUGUUUCAUAUGCGGCUCCAGCUGUCGCAAAGGUAGCCUAUGCCGCACCAGCCGUGUCAUACUCAACAGCUCCUGUUGUCUCUAAAGUUGCUUACUCAGCAGCGCCUGCUGUUUCCACAGCUUACGUUUCAGCACCAGCUAAAAUUGCAGUAGCUACUGCUCCAGCCCUUUCUGCAUCUUAUGUAUCUGCACCGGCUGUUUCUACCUCAUACGUUUCUGCUCCGGCUAAAGUUGGUGUCGCCGCAGCACCGAUGAUGAUUUGGACACGAUUUUAG